CAACAACAGCGAAUCAGCCACCUAGGUAGCUUGCUAGCCAACAUAGCCGAAACAUUUGAGCUUUUUUAGACGUUUUCGGUGUAUAUUAAGCACUGUGUUUUAAACACACGUCUGUCAUAUCUACUAGUUACCCAUUUCCCCCUCCCUUCAUAUUUACGUUGUCAGUCAGCUGACUGGUUAAAUUAGCACUAGGCUAUUCGCUUAUGCUAACUAUCUAGCUAGCUUAAUAACAUCCAGGACCAUGAGCUCACUAAACUACUCCCCCCCUGCUAAAAAAGAAGAGGAGGUCUGCUGGACUGAGAAACAGGGUCUGUGGCUUAAUGUUGUCGUGAAAGAAGAGGAGGAAGAGGAGGAUGUCACAGUGAAAGGCGAUGAAGAAGCUUUCAGAGUGAAAGAGGAGGAUGAGGAAGAGAUUACUGUCACAUUGAAAGAGGAGGACGAGGAUGAGACUGGAGAUCUGAUUAACACCAGAGAGAGACCAGACUCUCACUCUGACAGCGGGAAGAGUCCUUCAGGGGAAUCCGACCCAGAGACGCCCAAACCAGCGAGACGACACGACACCUCCCAUUGUGGAAAGAGUUUUAAGCGGUUAUGGACGCUGAAAGAGCAUGGGAGAACACACACACGAGAGAAGCUUCAUCACUGUUCCGACUGUGGAAAGAGUUUCACCCAGUUAGGGCAGCUGAGAACUCAUGAGAGGGCACACACAGGAGAGAAGCCUUACCACUGUUCCCAUUGUGAAAAGAGUUUUCCCCGAUGGGGAGCCUGA